UUCACUGUUCCUCUGAUAGUGACUCCAUACUCCUACAUCACCAUUGGUACCACACUCUGGCCUCCUGUAGGGUCCCACACACCUGAACACACCUGUGAACACGCACAUAUUUGAUGAUGAAUACGAGGAGUACUCGAAACGUCAUAAAGUGAAGUGAAGGGAUGAACACAAAAUACAGAAACUGAUAUGAAUCACAUGAUCAUAAGGAACUAUUGAAAAUAGAACAUGUGAACAAUAAAAAACAUACAAUAAAGGUAAAACAUAACAUACAGACAAGAGAGCAAAGGAACACGAGAAGAACAUUGAAGAACAGAAGACCGAUACAUAGAGAGGAGGCAAUAAAGAGGACAUGGAUGAUGAGGAGAGCCUUGACUGCCCCGUCUGCAUGGAGGAGUAUGAUGAGGGCCUUCACACGCCCAAGAUGACGCAGUGUCUCCACACCUUCUGCGUCUCCUGCGUCACUGACCUCGUCUGCGGCCCCUCUGGACGUGAAGAAGGUCACGGAACAAGUCACGGAACAAGUCACGGGACAGAUGAAACACAAGUCCCAAGGGGAAAAGGGCUUAUGUGUCCUCUUUGUCGGGAGAUGAUUAACACUGAUAGAAUGCAAACCAACAGGUACGUGCUGGCUCACCUCAGAGACCUGGUGAGGCUGAAGGCGGUCCACAAGGGCGAGACGCAGCGGCCGCUACCUCAACCCCCACUUACCCCAGGACCACUUACCCCAGAACCACUUACCCCAGGACCACUUACCCAUCAACAGCAGAAGCACGAGCAGAGGCAGCAGAAACUUCUGCGGAAGGAGGAACACAGACAGCAGAAGGAGGAACACAGACAGCAGAAGCAGGAACACAGGCAGCAGAAGGAGGAAUACAGGCAGCAGAAGCAGCGGCAGAAGGAGCUGAUCAGGCAGCAUAGGGUGCAACAGAAGGAGCGACUGAGGCAACUAAGAAAGGAAGAAUUUCAACAAAUACGUAAGAAGCCGCCCCCACCACCACCCACACCACCGCCGUGUCCCCCCACUCAGCCCCCACGCUACCACACCAGACUGGUGAUCCUCCGCAGCCCCAAGAACCCUGCCCCACAAAAACCAUCACAACCUGGUCAACCUACACACGCUCCAGGGCGGUUAUACCCCAAUCUCUUCGACACGUCACCUUCCUGCGGUAGUGAAGUGCUCUGUCACACUUCUGCUGCGCCUCCUUCAGCGGUGGGGGGCAGGGGGGCGGGCGGUCUGCCCCCUGCAGGUGUGGAGGAGAACUCUGUGAGUGUCCAGCCUUCAGCGCCGCCGUUAGUAGGGUGUCUGGUGGACAUGUGGUGCAGGACCUGUGAGGUGCCUGCCAGAGCUACCUGUACGGCCCAUCACCUCACACCUCUACUGAAGGGCGAGGAAUUUGAGUGGAUAGAACAGCAGCAGCAGCAGGAGAGGUCGAAAAUACAGCAGGAGAAGCAGAGGCAGCAGGAACAGCAGCAGCAGCAGGAGGCAGAGCAGAGGCAGGAGGAGCACAGAAGACAACAACAGGAGGAAAAGGACCUAAAACUGGCCCUGAUGCUGGCUGGGGUGACCAUUCAAGACUUCAACAACAGUCAAGUCCUCACUUCCCACACUGACAGGUGUGCGGGUGACCUCGGGGGGGCGGGGUCAGGAGGGGCAGACAGUGCCCUUGACCUCUCCCACUGGACCUAUGCCCAGAUCCGUGACGUCAUUAAUACCUCCUGUGAGCCUCUUCUAUUACAAGCCUGCCACAAGGAAUUUGACCGACGCCGCCAGGAGUACCACAGAACUAUCAGGAGACGCGGAGGCAAGAGUAGAAGGGCGCCCCUUAUACCCUGAUACUAUCUUCACCCUUAUACUCUUUGUAUCUACAAGUUCACCAUAUAUAUAUACCGUUAGUACUGAUCCUUAUACCGUAAUACACACAAUAAAUGCUCUGAAGUUCAAAACUUAUACCUGAUACACAGUGCCCUGAUACCAACCUUAUACCAGCUGAGACAAAAGUAUUCACAAGUCUCUCUCUUCUCCAAUGUAUUGUAGAGAUCCUUGACGGUCAAUAUUUUAUGUCUAUUGCCCUACUUCCUCACUACUCACUACUGCCCUCACACCAUCAACAACAUUAUAUUGUUGAAUGUGAAACCGUCAAAGAUUUUAGACCUCCUGACCUAUUGUACCACCAACUGUGUAACUAUAUCAUUGACUCAGGAGUACUGGACGACAUACUAACAAUUUAUCCUGGAUUUUAAAGAAUGAAAAACAAUUUUAUUUAUAUUAUUGUUAAACUGCAUCUCUUACGAAUCCAUUCCUGCCCGUCUGUGGCAGUGACCAAUAUAAAGUUUUAUUUACAUAUUCGUUCAUUGAAAUAUUGAUUGUCACCCCAUUUUUGCCAAUAAAGUUGAUAAUAAUAA